GCUGUCCUAUUAUAGGACGCUGUAGAUAAGGUGUGCUAUAUAACCUAGUCUCGAAGAGUGCCAAGCAAGGACUGGGACUCACUUCACAGCACAGGCAUGGCCAGCAGGAAAGCAGCAACAAAGAGCAAGGCAGCAGCCAAGCGCACACAGCGGGGCUCCUCCAAUGUCUUCUCCAUGUUCGAGCAGUCUCAGAUCCAGGAGUUCAAGGAGGCCUUCAGCUGCAUCGAUCAGGAUCGAGAUGGAAUUAUUAAAAAAUCUGACUUGAAAGAGACAUACGCACAGCUAGGGAAACUCAACUUGAAUGAUGAUGAACUAGAGGAGAUGCUGAAGGAGGGGAAAGGUCCCAUCAACUUCACUGUCUUUCUAACACUCUUUGGGGAAAAGCUCAACGGCACUGAUCCGGAAGACAUUAUCCUGAAUGCAUUCAAACUCUUUGACCCCAACGGCACUGGAGCAGUAAACAAGGACGAGUUCAAGAGGCUGCUGAUGACCCAGGCUGACAAAUUCACUGCAGAGGAGGUGGAGCAGGCAUUUUCGGUCGCACCCAUUGACGUGGCAGGAAACAUUGAUUACAAAUCCCUUUGUUACAUCAUCACUCAUGGGGAUGAGAAGGAGGAGUCUUGAAGGGACACGCCUCAAAACAGACCACACCUGGAAGGUGAGAGGCCAAGGAACUGUGCUGGAGGAUUCAACCCUGCUGCCUGGUGAACUGUCACCACUGACACCUCAGAAUGGCUGUAGCUAACAAACUAAGCAAGGCUUGCAAAAAAAAAGUUUUAUUUAAUUGAGAAUAGUAGCAGUAUGUGUUUCUUUCAAAACUGCACGUUUCAUGCGCAUAUAGCAGAUGGAAGUGUCUGACAGUGACAGAGACGUUUACAGAAUUGUUUUGUUAAACAGCGUCCAGAGUGUUCAGUAAAGAAUAAAUACCCUGAGGAAGGGUCAUAAUAUUGUGUUACUAUUAUGUUAGUCUAGUUUUUUUUUAUGGUGUUAUCGCCCUUCCAUGUUAAUAUUUUCCAUCAAAAUGCUGUCACAUUUCUCAUAAAAAUAAAGGAGUGUAUUCUGA